GGCAGCUGGGGCCGUGCCCGCAUGAGCGCCCCGGCUAAUUCAAUGGCCAUUGUCCACCGGCCUCUUUGUUCGAGGGCGGCCGCUUCCUGCAGACCGCGCGGGGUCGGGCACCGGAAACCCCGGCGCGGAGGCCACCCCGGCCCGGUCCUGACCUGGCUCUCUCGGCCGUGGCUGCUGGCGGGGAGAUGGCCGGGAUGUCCUCUCCCAGGGAGGCAACAGUGGGGCUGCGAUCAUGAGAUCGCGAGCUGGAGGAGGGACAGGGGCGUCCCGCGGGCUCCUCUCCAUCCUGACCCUGCCAGACAACACCUGCUCCCGCUGCUUACGGAGGAGCAGCCCGCGGGCUGGGGCAGAGAGGGAGGCGUCUUGUGUUCUCACCUACUGCCCGCCAAGGACAGGCCACCUCCUGGCCACACCUGGCCGCGGCCACCCCAGCCCAGCACUCUGGCGGUCUCGGAUGAUCCUCGCCCACAGCUUGGAGGGGCCUGUAGAACCCAUGGGAGAGGGGAUGGCCCGAGGCAUCUCACCCUGGCACCCAAGGCCACCCAGCGGCAGGGCAGGAUGUCACAUGCCCUGGUGCCUUCUGCCUGACAGCCCUCCCUGGUGGGAAGCAGAGUGUCACAGGGCCUCACAGGACCCUGUUCGAGGAGUUGGUCACCGAGGGUUUGCACGUGUGGGUGAAGCUGGCAGGGGACAGCCAGGCAACCCAGAAGUGACGUGUGGCUGGACUGCCAAGGCUAGCCACUACCCAGACCCACAGUUGCUGUGUACCCUAUGCUGGACUGUUGAACAGGCCACGUCACUACUGCCACCGCUGCCACUGUGCCUGUCCCACUGUUGCUGCCCCUACCACUGCCAAGGACACCAGGAGCUGUACAGAUGUGACCUCUUUCUCCUGCCCAGGCUCCCACAGCAGAGCCCAUGAGAGGCGAGCCAGAGAGGGGCCUGGGACGGGGUUACAGGAAGGGACAGAGUGGGCCUGAGGCUUCCACUGGUUCCUCCUGACAGCCCAGUGAGGCUCAGCAAGAUCUGAUCCCUUCCCCUUGUCCACCGUCUUCCUGGUUCACUGUUUCAACCGGUGGGUCCUCCCUGGGGCCAAGGGAUUUGUGCCACCCACAAGGCAGCCCAGUCACAACCCAGCCCACUACCUUCACCUCUCUGUCCAGCUCUGGCGGCCCACCCUCCUCCCUCACCUGCCCCAAGGCUCUGGCCACAGCUCCUCCUUUCUCCCUUCCUGGAGGGACUCCCCACCCCCAUCCUGCUCACAGAGGUCAAGAUCAAGAGCCGAGCUCCAUGUGGCCACUGUGAUGGGGCUCUGCUCAGACCCCGCGGUGCCUCCAGGGAAUGCUGCUGCUCCCCCCCCUUCCUCCUCUCCUUUCCAGGCCCCUCACCCUGUGUCCUAGGCUUGCCCUGCUCCUCUGUCUCUUCUGCAUAGGACUGUGAUGUUCUUGAGAAAGGAGUCAGAGUUGGGCCGUGUCCUAGUACACACCGAGGGGUGGGGGACAUCACUGCCACCUGUGGACACAGCUGCAGCUGGGAGCACUGAAGGUCUGUCCUGGCUGGCAACACCCUCUUCCCCGUAAGUGGGGUGUGGGUGUCAGGCUCUGUCCUCCUACUUAUGGAGCCUGUGGGGCCCUCAAGACCCCUUAACGGGGAGGGACUGUCCCCUCGUGCAGGUCAGGGGUCCCUGGGACCACAUCCCACAGGUGCCUAUGUGGCUGGCUGCAGUCCUGUGUGGCGGUCAUCGCUGUCACCUCCCUGCCUCAUGUCCAGGGAAACUUAGAUCCCUUCUUGUGGCCCUUUCUCUCCUGCCUUCACCAGGGUUCUGGCUGUCCAAGGAACUGUGCUACUCAGGAGAGAGGGACUUUCUGUCCCCGGGGAAGCUCUGGCCACUGCUCUGCACAAAUGUCACCAGUUGGCCCUGGGCCUCCUCCUCCAGGAAGCCCCGUGCUAUCAGCCGGCCCAGGACACCCAUGCUCAGGCAUGGGUGGGAGCUGACACCAAGGAGGGCAGGCUGCCCCAGGGAUGCCAGGCUCACAGGACCAGCUCUGCAGGAGGUCUGCGUGAGUCACCCCCAGGCACAGGCACAAACGCAGGAAACUGCCAUUCUGCUCUACUCUAUUUUCUCCCACACAGGGAAAGUCGGUCACACGAAGGCAUUGUUCCCGGCCAGUGCCUUCCUGGUGGGCUCCUCUGUGCACUGGCCUUGCACUGAACUGCUUUCCCUGGAGACCCAGGGGCGCCUGGAAGUGAGGAAUGUGGGUCUGGUGCAGCUACCAGCCCUGUUGACACCAGCACAGCUACCAGCAGGUGCGCACCAGGAGCCUGGUGAGGCCAGGGUUGAGGUUCCCAGUCUUGCCCGGGCAGGGUCAUACCCACUGGUGGCCCAUGGCUGCCCUGGGCCCACUCCCAGCCCCAGCAAGGCCUGCAGACCCCAGGCCUGGCCUGGGGAGACGCUACCACAGCUGGGAGCAGGCCUGCCCAUGUGGUGAAGGGCACACAACCCUUUCAUGACCAUCGUGCCCCACUGGGGAUGUGGUCAGAGUGUGGAGGUCCUGCCCUGCAGUGAGUGACAAGUACCAGGCAACCUGGACAGGCCUACCAGGGGUCAGUCAUACAGCUGGCACCCCAGGCCUUAGCACAAUGCAGGAUGGCCAAGUGGACCAGGUGGGAGUCCCCUCUCUCCCCACUCUCCAGGCUGCUGGGAGCCUGGGCAUGCCACCAUCUUCACCUGGGCCUGGGUGGGGAACAGUGUAUCUGCUAUUGGUGCCCAGGACUGGGAGGGGGGCCCAAGGGCGGAGAGCGCAGUGGCACAGGAGGGUGCAGGCAGGACUUGCCUACAGUGCAGGUGUGAGCCCACCUGAGACCUGGAAGUCUGGAGUGGGGGUGAAGAGUGAACUGCUCGACCCAACCCGGGGUCUCGGGUUCCCACAGAGCACACCAGGAAGUCCGCAACAGAGGAGCCCAGCAUCCUGCUCACGCUCCCCAGAGGAGGGCAGAUGCCUGGGAGAGGGAGUCUGAGGGACCCUCAGGUCAGAGGCCCAGGCCUCCCAUGGGAAGGGCCCAGGGCCAGGAGAUGGUGUGGUUGUGGCAAAGGCUCUGCCCUCCCAGGUGUGAGGCAGCGCAUGCCUCAGGCUCCCCAUCUCCCUGGGCUCUGCCUGUGGGAUCCCCUAGCUUUCCUGCUCCCCUCUGCAGCCCAUGGCCAGGUCUGUCCCUGUCCCUUCUCGGGCCUGUGCUUGCAUCUGACUGUACAAUGCGCCCUUCCAUGUGCAGAUACUUUCUGCCUCACAUUUGCCUCAAUUUUUAAAUUAUAGUAAAGUAGAUAUUACAUGAAACUUACCAUUUGAGCAUUUUAAAAGGUUUUUAAAAAAUUGAGAGUAUGUAUGGUGUGGUGGUACACGCCUGUGAUCCCUGUACUUGGGAGGCUGAAACAGGAGGAUUACAACUUUGAGGCCAGCCUGGGCUUGUAAGGAGUCCCUGUCUCAAAAACCAAAAACAUGACAUCAAAAGAGUAGUGUUUGCCAUGGCAAAAUUACAGCAGUAUCAAGUGGUCCACAAUGAAAAGCAAGGCUCCUCAGCCAGAGUCAACCCUGGCAAGCGUUCUUGUGUUCUUUUAUUACACUGAAUUAUGCAAAACCAUCUGCCAUCAGGAUCCUCUUUAAGUGAACAGUUCCAUGGCACUGGUACACUCUCAUCAUGAAACCAUCAACAUCGCCCACCUCUGUGAGGUCCACCAUCCCACAAGAGACUGCCCAUACAUAAGCCCCACUGCACACCCCUCACUGGGUUCACGCGCUCUCCGCAGACCUGACCCCAGGGACCCCCUGCGAGUGCAGGUGUCAGCCUCUGCCCUUCUGCGACAGGUUUCUUCCACUCCCUGUGACAUCCUCUAUCUUCAUCACCUUGUAACAGGGCAAAAUCCUUUUUCAUUUGGUUUUUGAGACAGGGUCUUGAGAUGUUGCCCAGGCCAGACGUGAACUUCAGUUCUCCUGCGUCGGCUUCUUGAGUACCUGGUGUGAUAGAUGUGCAUGCUCAGGACGCCAUACCUGGCAGUUUUCUUCCUUUUUCAGGCUGAGUACUCUCCAUGGAUGGGCAGAUCACCUUUUUCAUCCAUUCACUGUCCACAGAUGCUUCAUUCUUUUGCUGUAUGGAAGCUUUAAAUCGGAUGAAGUCUAGUUGGUGUCUUUUUUCUUUAGUUGUCUGUGUUUUUGGUGUCAUAUACAAAAAAUCACUGCCAAAUCCAAUGUCACAAAGCUUUUGCCUAUGUUUUCUUCUAAGCUUUACAGCUUAGCUCUUACGCUGGAUCUUUGAUGUGCUCUGAGUUAAUUUUGUGUUUGGUGUCUGGCAAGAUCUAACUUUACUCCUCUGGAUAUAGAUAUCCAGUGUUCCCCAAGACACCUCAGUCAGUCCCUACAAACAAGCCCAUGCCUCCACCCCAUCUGUCCUUGCUGAGGUGCCCCCUCCCAGUGGCUCAGGCCAGGAGCUCCGGGAGGCACCCCAGUUCUCUCGUGUCCUUCAAAUUCACUCGUGUUGGAUCCAGCCAGGUCUUCCUGCAGUGGUGCAGUAAGUGUCAGGACACCAUGUUCCUCAGGGUGUCUGUGCUCGUGAACUCUCUGUCUCUGGAGUCUCUAUCCCUUGGUGGCCAAAGCCACAGGAGUGACGGAGAUGCCCCCCCCCUCCUCCAGCUCCUCAAGUCUCUUUCGAAAAUCUGUUCAGAAAAAAUUUCAGACAUACAUAGGAGUAGACAGAAGCAUAAAACACUUCUCUGCACCUCGCUGCUAUCCACUUGAGGCGGCUCUGCCAUCUGCGCUCCCGAUCCUAGAUGUCACCUCCUACUUUAGCUUGCACCUCAAGCUCCUUUCUCAGAAAGAACAGUGAGGCAGCCACGACGCAGAUAGCAGCAGAGAACAACCGCUUCUCAGCACACUGGACGGCACCAAGUGCCACCUGGAGCCUCAGAAGGGCUGAGGUCCUCAUGUUGGCAGCCCUUUGCGUACUGCUCCAGACACAGCCUGCUCUCUCCCCACUGCAAACCAGAGCCUUGGAGGAACCCAGUGUGCACCUCUGCUGUGUAGGUCACUGGACACUGCCCAAAAGCGUCCUCCAGCCCAGUGCCACCAAGGGCCUGGUUCACCAGAGCACACGAACGCCCUUCCUCCAGCCCUUGCCCCACCCCUUACAGAGAAAGGAAGCUCUUCCCUGCCCCCAGACCCUCAGGACACCGGGCCUUGUCCUGGCUGUGGUGCCACCUCCUGUUGUGUGCUUACUGGGUGUUCCCAUCCUUAGUCCUGUAACCUGUGGGUCUGGGACUUCACAUGGCAAAGACCCUGAGAUUGGAGACAACCUAGGGCUCUCAGGGGUCCUAAGUGUAUCCUAGGUGUCCUGAGGAGGCAGGACGGCAGCGGAGAAGCUGAGGGGACAGAAGCCAUCAGAGAGCAGACACGGCCACUUUGAAGACAGGGAGGGGACACACCAGAAGUGGGGCACCCUAGAAGCUGAGAAGGACUAAGCUUCUGACCUACCGGACCUGUUACGUGACAUCCAGGGCUGGGCCCUAAGUCGGGCAGCACGGUUUGGCCAGGGGAUGUAGGCUGGGGGGAGAACCCGUGAGCCCCCACAUGGCCCAAAGUAGUUGCAAGAAGACCAUGUGCAGCAAGGAGGCCAGCACCACUGCUCCAGCGUCCACCGGCAGACCAGACAGGGAGCAGAGCCGUCCUGAGUGCCCACCUGGCUUAGCCCAGCAGCCACUGUCCCAACACCGACACCCAGCGGGGCGGCCGGGCUGAGCCGGCCACCAGCAGAUGAACGAGACGCUCACCACGGCCUUCCGGUCAGCAAGCUCUGGGGCGCUGUUACAGAGCAGGAAGGUCACUCCAGGUCACAGGCAGAGCAGCAGCUGUGGCGGCCGGGAGGGAGGGCGGCUUCUCCCACGCGGGUUGGUGGGCUCCUCCCCACCUGGAGGACCGAGGGCAGCAGGGCGAUACCAACUGACUGGCACAGACGCCUGCACCGCACUGCGCUCCCCACCACCCUGGCCGGUAGGAUCUCCGCGCAGAGGCUUUGCGAGCCCCACAGGACCCGGCCGGCUCACUUGGGCCCAACUCCCUGGAGCUCCACCUGCGCUCCGCCCCUUGAGCAUCACGCAUGCCCAGACCGCGGUCACGCAUGCGCAGCCAGCUGCUGCUGGGCCGCCUCACGCCACCAUGGAAUGCUUGGAGGGCUCGGCUGUCGGCCCCUGCGCUGGUUCCGUCUACCUGCGGCCGCUCCGGCUGCACUACCGUCAGCCCUGGUCACGCACCUCCCUACCUGUCCCCGGCCUGGCCACCCUGUUCAUGCCAGCUCAUGGCCUGCAGCUGCUUCCUGCGGGCCCGUCAGAAGAGCCUCCUUCCUGCUUCCACAGCACAUCCCCCGGAACCCCAGGGAGUCCAGGCUCUGGCGCCCCUGUCUGCCCUUGCACGAACCCAUCGCUGACCAUCACCUCCAGACUCUCAGUGGAGAGGCCCCUCUGCCUGCCUCCCCUCCCGUGGUGCUCCUACUGCUUGCUGCGGAGGAUGGGCCAUCGAGGGCAGUGUGAGCCCAGGCGAAUAGGCACUGAGGGCCGUGCGGGCCUGGAGGAGUGGACGGGACCAGCUGGGGGACAGCGUGGGGAUGCGGGUUGCUGCCAUUUUCUGUAUUGCUGGGCCUGGGCCAGGGCCAGGAAGCCGGUGGCAUGGGAUGGCUGACUGUGGCUUCCCUGCCCACUGGUGGGCAGGUGGGCAGGUGGGCAGGUGAGCCAGGCAGAGACCUGUGGGGCUGGGACUGCUGCUCCCUCUGCCUCCCAGUUGGCUUUGCAGCUGUGGUGGGCAGCCCACUGGCACAUUUCCACAGAGAGUGCUGAUGACCGGAGCUAUGCUGAGUGGGGCGGGUGUGGACAUGGCCUGGGGGGCCCAGGACGCUGGGCUGGACAAGCUUUACCACUGGGGUGGGGGUGCAGCUGCACCCCUUGGCUGCUUGUAGUACCUGGUCUGGAGAGGCCUGGUCCCGGGCAUUCGGGGUAGGUGGAGGGGACCCUGGUGGCCCUGAGCAGCAUGGGGCAGGGGCACUCUGGCCUGUCCCUGCCUCCCAGGGCCUCUCCCUGAGCCUAACAAGGUUUUGAUCUUGAGCUGGGAGGGUCCCUGAGUCCUACCUGAGCAGCCGUGUGACCUAGGGCAGCCCAGCCUACGUAGACUUCCCAAGGGCCUCCCCUGGAGUCGCCCAGUGGGUGGCAGCCCCCCAGGUGGUAAGUCAGCAGGCAGGCCCAGGCUCGCCUCUGCUUCUCUGAGUGGUGUUGCAACGGCCUCUCAGACAGCUGGACCUGGCAGGCCAUUGCCCCCACCUUGGAAACUAGGACGCCUCUGCCUCAGGCCACGCUCAGGCCAAUGUCCUCUGGGCCUCACCCCCAGGUUCCUGCUGGGAGCCCCUUCACCACUCAGCAAAGCCUCCAGGAAGUCCUCAGGGGCUGUUCCUGAGUGGCAGGUGGGCCAUGUUGACUGGGUUGGGUGCGAUGGCAGUGUCCAGGUCCAGUGCCAUCUGCUCAGACCCCUGGGAGAUGUGACCACUGCCUUCAGCCCAGGUAGAGCCUGUUCUGCUCCAUGGUAUCCAGCCAGCAGGGUGCUGGCUCCUCACAGUUAGAGCUUGUUGCUGUCAGCCUGGGUCCUCCAUGGGCCCAAGCCCUGUCCCAGCUCAUGUCACUGAGUGCUCUUGGACACUGGGAAUGCAACCACAGAAAGUGUGGGGACAGCCCUGGCCAUGACUGUGGAUUGACCAACCCUGCGGUGUGAACCAGGCCAGCUGCCCCUGGUGCUGCUGCCACUCAGGAGGCUGGCCGAUCCCUCCUGCCUGCCUGUGUCCCUCGUCCAGGGCCCAUGUGUGUUCUAGUGGUGAGCACCUGAGUUGGGUUUUGCCACUUGGGACCCUCCCUAGACUGCCAGUGAGGCUGGCACUGUGCUACCCCUUCCUGUGCCCUCCAUGGCCUCUCCCAUACUUGGUGACACCAUGCAUCUCUGUGCAGCCCCCAUGCUCACGGGCCCUUGCUGCCCUUGCCUAGGUUCUCUGCCUCCCCUUUGGGUCCACCUUGGCCUGCAUGCCCAGCCCCUGACCUGCCCAGGCCCUGGCUCCAGCCCCUGAGGGGAGCUCCUGUUGGGCAGCGGGUCUGUGUGGCCUCCACCAUGCUGGCAAUACUGUGCCUUGCUGACUGCCACUCUGCCUCUUUCAGAAUGGCACCCAGAAGUCCUGGGACUUCAUGAAGACGCAUGACAGGUGAGGGCCUGCCCUGGCUGCUGGGACCCAUGGGGACCCUGGAGCCUGAGGCAUGGGCCCCGCUUCUGCCCUGUUUCUGCUCCUUCAUGGCCUUUGCUCUUCCCCUCUCCAGCCCAGCCUCUGGUUUUCCUGUCUCAAGAGGUCAGGCUAAGGCCUGACAGCUGCCCCGCUGUGAGGCUCAAGGGGCCGCCCUGGGGUACUUGCCCUUGGCAUCAGGGUGUGGCUGUGGGCACCUGGCCAUCAGGGGCAAGUGCCUGUCAGCUGCCUGCUCACCACCCACCCCCACUUUCUGGAACACAAUAGCCGCGGGGCCCAGCCUGGCUUCGUCCCUCGCCAGCUCUGGCCCUGCCUGGCCCCGUCCUCCCUGUCUGAGUGAGGGCUGGACCUUCCUGGGGGGAGGUGGGGGGAGCAAGUUGGAAAUAGGGCCCCUACUGAGCCCCCGCCCCACAGUGUGGCCAUCCUCCUGUUCAACUCUUCGCAGAGGAGCCUGGUGUUGGUGAGGCAAUUCUGGCCAGGUGAGGCCCUCAGGUGGGGUGUGGGGGGCCAAGGGUCUGAAAGUGAAUGUGGAGAGGGUCCCCAGGGGAAACAGCCUGGUGAGGUAUGUGGCUCUGAGCAGGUCUCGAGGAGGUGACCACCACACGGCCAUGUUCCCCAUCCAGCUGUGUAUUCGAGCGAAGUGGAACGCUGCUUUCCAGGGUCUCUGGUGGCCGUGGCCCAGGAUGGUCCCCUGGAGCUGCUACCAGCCCUACCUGGCUCUGCAGGGGUGACAGUGGAGCUGUGCGCCGGCCUCGUGGACCAGCCUGGGCUUUCCCUGGAGCAGGUAGCCUGCAAGGAGGCCUGGGAGGAG